UCCUUCUACUGACAGAAGCAGUUAAUUUGAUUUUUCUCUUUAUGAUCAUGAAUUUGACAAUGUCAAUGGUCAUUUUCCUUUAGUAAAAGAUUUUCCUUUUUUUUUUCUCUCCAGUUUUAGCUUAUUAUUUCUAAACAUGUGUGAGUUAAAUGUAUCUCUCUGGGCAGGAUGACAUACUGUAUUCCUCUUUCAAAAUGGAUAUGCUCACAUUUCUUCAUCAGAUAGAAAAGCCGGCAGUCACUGAAAUAAAGCCUUGAAGUUCCUUCCUCUUUUUCAGUGUCUUAAGGACAGGAAGUACAGAAAUGAAGAGGAUCCUCAGGGUGGAGCUCUGAGGGGAAAUGUCCUCUACUCUGACCACAGAACCAAUGUCCUGCAGUGAUGACAGGGACCCAGGGAGAAUGAUGCUUUAUUUGGGCUGGAUAUUUCUUUGGCUUAUCGCAGGAGGGAGCAUCAAAGGACUGAAUAUUCCAGGUUGCUUCACUGAAAAGCCGCUUAGAACAUACUCUGCAAGGUGUGGGGAGGAGUUUGUCUUGUUUUGUGAUUUGCCAGAGCCACAGAAAUCCCAUUUCUACCACGGAAGUCAGCUCUCACCCACCCGAGGUUCUGAACACCUGCCUUGUAGUGGUAAUAAGAACCUCUCUGAUGUCCAGUGGUACCUGCAGCCUCAGAAUGGAGACCCAGCAGUAGAAAUCACUCAGAAUGCUCCUCACGUCAUCCAGGAGAAGAGCACCCUUCAUUUUCUGACCACAGGGAUAAACCAUGCCGGGUUAUACAUGUGUAGACCUAGGAUGAGGAGCCCCCAAGAGAAUGCCUGCUGUGUCUGGAUGAUCUUAGAAGUUAAGCCCCAAACAAAUAUGUCCUGUGAGAGUUCUGUCUCACAUGAGCAACACCUUCUUCUUGGUAGCAUGAGCUCCAUUUACUGCCCAGGUCUCAGCCACCAAAGUGAUGCACAAAGUCCAGAGGUGACCUGGUACCAGAAUGGAAAACUUCUCUCUGAAAAGAGGAGAAACCUAAUUGAACUGGAUGAAGUUUAUGACUAUCACCAGGGCACGUAUGUGUGUGAUUACACUCAGACAGAUAAUUCAAGUUCAUGGACAGUAAGAGCUGUUAUUCAAGUGAAAACCAUUGUGAAGAACACUAAUCUCAAACCAGAUAUUCUGGAUCCCAUCAAGGACACCUUGGAAGUAGAACUUGGAAAGCCUUUAACUCUUAACUGCACGGCACGAUUUGGCUUCGAAAUAAACUUUAAUCCUGUGUUAAAAUGGUACAUCAGAGAUUCUGACCAGGAGUGGGAAAUCAAAACACCCAAGGGAAGAAGUGUUAAAUCCACCUUAAAGGAUGAAGUCAUAGAACGUGUUGUCUUCUUGGAAAAAGUUACUCAGAGUGAUCUUCACAGGAAGUUCAUUUGCUUUGCCCAGAACUCCAUUGGGAACACUACUCAGUCCAUCCAGCUAAAAAAGAAGACAGGAGCGGUGUUCCUGUAUGUCCUCCUGGGCACCGUCUCGGCCCUGGCAGGCCUGCUGACCGCAAGUGCGCUGCUCUACAUGUACUGGAUUGAAAUAGUGCUGCUCUACCGAACCUACCAGAGCAAGGAUGAGACGCUCGGGGACCAAAAGGAGUUUGACGCCUUUGUAUCCUACGCGAAAUGGAGCAGCUUUGAGAGCGAGGCCUCUUCGUCUCUGAGUGAGGAAACCUUAGCCCUGAAUCUUCUCCCUGAUGUUUUGGAAAACAAAUAUGGAUACACCCUGUGCUUGCUAGAAAGGGACAUGACCCCCGGGGGAGUGUACACAGAGGACAUUGUCAGCAUUAUUAAGAAAAGCAGGAGGGGAAUCUUCAUCUUGAGCCCCAACUAUGUCAGUGGACCCAGCAUCUUUGAACUACAAGCAGCGGUGAAUCUGGCUUUGGAGGAUCAAACACUCAAACUGAUUAUAAUUAAGUUCUCUUCCUUCCAAGAGCCAGAGUCCCUACCUCAUCUAGUGAGAAAAGCUCUCAGGGUUUUGCCUACCAUCACCUGGAAAGGCUUAAAAUCAGUUCCUCCCAACUCUAGAUUCUGGACCCAAAUACGCUACCAUAUGCCUGUGAAAAGCUCCAGGGGAGUCACUUGGAACCAUCUGAGAAUUAUCCCAUGGAUUUUUUCUCUGGAAAAGACAGAACCCACUGGGAGGAGCUCCCAGCCUGGAGGAUGGUAAAAUGGAUGCUGAACUGCCUCCCCUUGCCUCCCAUCCUGUCCCUGGUGAGCAGAGACCUUGAUGGAUGGAACACACAGCACACACCAGGCUGAUGUCACCGGGAAGGGUCCUGCCAGCCCUGAGCAAGCUUGGUCGGCACUGGAAUGAAUGGAAGCUGUGGUGCAAGGCUCUGAUUCCCUGGACAGGGCAGAGAGAGGGCGAAUUCUCCAGACUCCUGCACAUAUUCAGCCCACAAAGUCCUGAAGAUUUUCCUAGUGGUCUGAGCAGAAUCGGCAGAUACAGCCACUUGGUUUUGUGGCCAUGGACUGUUGUGUCUGUUAUGUAUCAUACACAUCACUUUUUAUAUCUUUGCAAUCAAAUAAAUAUUACUUUAUUAGAAACAA